AUGACGAGCAGCCCUUUUGAAGCUGCUCCGGCGGGUUUUCCUGCCACUCGGAAGCUGGGAGCUGUCGGCGCGAGGCCGCCGGGCGGCGCCCGCGAGAGGGCUCACGUGUCGGGAGCUGCUCUCGCGCCGGCGCCCGGCCCGGGCUCGCCGAGCGCCACGACCCGGAUAGAUUCCCCGACCCGCACAGGCCUGGCAGCAUGGACACUGCCUGUUGCCACGGCUUCGGGGCUGUUUGCCCUCCUGCUGCUCCGGUUCUUUCUUGGUCCACCUCGUCGACCCCUGCAUCGCUCCCUGGACAAUUUUAGUCUCAGCCGUGAGGCGUCUUGGAGAGGUGACGAUUCUGGGCGCCUUCCGGAGGCCACCUUCCGAAGAGCUCAGCCACCUCGCCGAAUCAUCGACAUCGGUCGGCUGGCCCGGCACACCCGCUUUGCACGCCGCGCCUCGGACUCAACAGCUUUCUGCGAGCCGCAGGUUCACUAG